AAGCCGAAAAAUUGAAAAUGAGGACUGUUCCUAAAGCUAGCCUCUCUCACCCAGUCAUCCGUCUCCGUCUCCGUCCCCGUCCCCGAAGAGCCGACCGUCACAGAAUCGCCGCCGUUGCUCAUCUCGGCCCCCGCGUCUUUCCUGCGAGAAGGAAGCCCUGCUGCCUUAAUCUUGCCGCAUCCCCGUACCUCCGAAUCUGAUGUUUAUCAUCUGUUCGCGGCUGUUGGGAUAGCUGUGGGGAUUUUCGGAUUCCAGUUGGUGUAAAAUAUCUGUAUCUAUUCUAAGUCAGAUUGCGGAGAAGUGCAACACCCCAAGCCCUAGACAAUGAGCAAGAGGUCAUAGAACUGUAGAAGUGGAGCAAGAGGCAUUUGAGAUGAUGAAGCUCUUUGAUUCUCACUGCCAUCUCCAAGAUCCAAGAAUUUUUAGUCAGGCUCCCCAGCUAAUUGCCAAAGCCCUCGAUUCUGGUGUGCUUCGUUUUGCUGUUAAUGGAGUUUCUGAGAAUGAUUGGCACUUGGUGAAGCAAAUGAGUGAUGGCUAUCCUUGUGUCAUUCCAUGCUUUGGUCUCCAUCCCUGGUAUGUUGGGGAGCGAACUCCCUGCUGGUUCGACACCCUGAAAGAUUUCUUUCAAGCUAAUCCUUCUGCUGCAGUUGGAGAGAUUGGUUUGGACAAAGGAUCACAUGGGAGGAACAUUGAUUUCAUGGAUCAGGUUGAAGUUUUUCAGAGACAACUUGAACUAGCGAAAGAGUUGCAAAGACCUGUCUCCAUUCACUGUGUUCGUGCCUUUGGUGAUCUUCUUCAGAUUAUGCAACGCAUGGGACCUUUCCCUGCUGGUGUGAUCCUCCAUUCUUUCCUAGGAUCUGCUGAGAUGGUCCCUGAAUUUGCUAAGCUUGGUGCUUACUUUUCUUUCUCUGGUUUCCUUAUGUCCAUGAAUGUACAGAAGGCAAAGAAAAUGUUAAAGAUGGUACCUAUGGAUAGGAUUUUAUUGGAGUCUGAUGCACCUGAUGCACUGCCAAAAUCAACUCUGCCUUUGAAUGAAAGAGAUGUGUCUGCUUGUGAAGAGGUUCAUAAACAAGAAGCGAAUACAUCUUCAAAUGCUGCUGCUGCGAGGGAGACAUCAACACUACCAAAAGAAACACUUAAUCAUCCAGCUAACAUUCAUAAGGUACUCUUUUAUGUUGCAUCUUUGCUCGAGAUGACAAAGGAAGAGAUUGCCGAAAUAAGCUACAGAAAUGCCAUGCAUUUGUUCUCAUACGAGGGUUCAAAAGUAGUACUAGAAGAUUAGUUGACAUUUGGGAUUCUUCCUGUAUAAAUAGUGAGCUUGUAAAAUUUUAUUCGUCUCAAGUGAAAUUACGAUUCAAAAUCUUAUGCAGAUAUCACAUAAUACUAUAGUGGAAACAAGCCCAAAAAAUACAAAUGUUGGCAUGGAAUGAUUUGAGAUUGGUCAUGGUACUGAACUGGCUAAUCAAGUAUCAGGAGGAUGGAACUAUGGAGUUCUCCAUGAUAUACAUGUUCUUAUAUUACGAGAGACGUAAAUUAUUUCUCAAGUUCUAUC